GUAAGAAGAGGCCGCUAUUCCUGGGUCUGGGGUCCCUUCUCGGCGUUCCGUGCGGUUUUUGAUAGUCAACUCUCUACCAGCGUAGGCUGCAUGAGGGGAGGGCGGGCUCCCGCAAUCCUGCUCGGCGGAGGGGCCGCUCUGCUCCUGUCUCUCCUUUGGAUGCCGGCGCUGUUGCCUGUGGCCUCCCGCCUUCUUUUGCUACCCCGAGCUCUGCUGUCCAUGGCUUCAGGAAGCCCCCCGUCCCAGCCUUCGCCGGCUUCAAGCUCCGGCUAUGUUCCCGGCUCGGUCUCUGCAGCCUUUGUCACCUGCCCCAACGAGAAGGUCGCCAAGGAGAUCGCCAGGGCUGUGGUGGAGAAGCGGCUGGCAGCCUGCGUUAACCUCAUCCCUCAGAUUACAUCCAUCUAUGAGUGGAAAGGAAAGAUUGAGGAAGACAAUGAGGUGCUGAUGAUGAUUAAAACCCAAAGUUCCUUGGUUCCAGCUCUGACAGAUUUCAUUCGUUCUGUGCACCCUUAUGAAGUGGCUGAAGUGAUUGCAUUGCCUGUGGAGCAGGGGAACUCCCCAUACCUGCAUUGGGUGCGCCAGGUUACAGAGUCAGUUUCAGACUCCAGCACAGCCCUACCGUGAUGAGCCCUGUCUCUGCCAUGUUCCCCUCGUAUACUUCAAUGCCCUUGACUUCCAGGUGAUGACUGGGCCCCUAAUAAAUCCUGUCUGUAGUUCA